AUGCAUGAAGCAUACGAGAUAUCUCACUUGCUCAAUGCGACAGUGCAAAUAGAAGCUAUAGCUGCUUAUGAUAACAACUUGUUAUUAGGAACGAGACAAGGUCAUCUCUUGAUGUAUUCACUGUCUCAAACAAAUGGGAAUCAGAAAUAUGAGUUGCAGCUACUUAGAUACUGUAAGAAUUUUAGUAAAAAACCUAUUCAACAAAUAGAAGUUAUACCAGAAGAAAACUUGUUGCUGUGCUUGACUGACAAUGUUCUCUCUACAUACAAUAUAAACGGUGUUAAUUUUCCAUUGGUCAAAACAUUUGAACAAACCAAAGGUGCUUCUCUGUUCGCAUUAGAUAACACGCCUACAACAUCAAUGACUGGAGAAUCCAAUUCGGUUGUCCGUCUCUGUGUUGCUGUGCGAAGAAAAUUACAAUUAUAUUAUGGGAAGAAUGGAGAAUUCAAACAACACUUGUUUGACUUUACUAUACCUGAUGUGCCGAAAGUCAUGUCGUGGGGCCAGCAAUAUGUUUGCGUGGGGUUCAAAGCCGAAUAUGUGCUGUACGAUCUCGCAUCAGGAAACCCUCAGGAACUAUUUCCAACAAGCAGUUCCAAAUCUCUAGAGCCAACUAUAGCGAAAUAUUCUGAAACGUCAUUUCUACUGGGGCGCGAUCAAACGUCCGUAUUAGUGGAGGAAGCCAAAAAUAUAGAUAUAAAGAAAACUAUCAAAUGGUCUGAAGCUCCUAUUGCUGUUGUGUGGGAUGAGCCAUAUGUAUUAGGUUUGCUAUCAGACCAAGUGAUAGUGCAAACAGUGGAGCCAUCCCUGUUCAUACAAACCCUACCUGAACUGAACAAAGCAAGACUGAUGUAUAGAUGUAAGCGAGGAUUGAUAUUCGUGUCUUCAGUGGGGCAGGUGUGGUGUCUCAGCUCUGUGGACAUCACGAAACAAAGGCAGCAACUACUCAAGGACAAACAUUUCCAAAUAGCUAUUGAAUUAACGAGCCUGUCAGACUGCACACCAGAAGAAAAGGAACAGAAAAUACAUUCCAUACAAGUCCUAUACGCGUUAGAACUAUUCGACAAUAAACAAUAUUCGCAAUCUAUGAAAGAAUUCAUCAAACUCAAAACAGACCCAGCUGACGUCAUCAAAUUAUUCCCUGAACUAGACGGUAAAACUAAUGAAGAUAAUCCGAAGAAAUUGGUUGGAAAAGAUCUCGAAAAUGCUUUGAAUGCGCUGGUUAUGUACUUGAAGGAGUUGAGAGCGAAUAUAGGGAACAGCACUGGUCCGGAUGAGGCGACUAAGCAAAGGAAUGUCACGCAGCAACUAGAACUGAUUGAUACUACCUUGUUGAAGUGUUAUUUGCAGAUAAAUGAUGCUUUAGUUGCACCUUUACUACGGAUCAACAAUUGUCGCCUCGAAGAAGCUGAGAGGAUGUUACUGCAGCAUGGAAAAUAUAGCGAAUUAAUAAUAUUGUACCAAACUAAAGGGCAGCAUAUGAAAGCGCUGCAGCUGCUUAGAGAUCAGGCCAAAGAACCAGAUUCUAGCUUAGAAGGUUACCAAGGAACGAAAAAUUAUUUGCAACAACUUGGUGCUGAACAUAUAAACCUAAUAUUCAAAUUCUCUGAUUGGAUAUUGAAGGAACACCCAGAAAAAGGCUUGAAGAUAUUUACUGAAGAUAAAGUAGAAAUAGAGAACUUGCCCCGUCCGAAGAUAUUAGACUUCUUGCUGAGAGAGCACGAGUCCCUUGUGAUCCCGUACUUAGAGCACGUGAUCCACACGUGGAACGAUACGAACUCAUUGUUCCACGACGCGCUCAUCAACAUGUACCGAGACAAGAUCACGGACAAGAAGGCAAACCUGACUGACGCAGAGGUGCAGCACAUCAAGUCCAAACUUAUUGCGUUUCUAGAAAAAUCUGCGCAUUACACGCCUGAAAGAGUUCUGGUGCACUUUCCGGUCGAUAGCUUGUUUGAGGAAAGAGCUAUCAUUUACGGAAAAUUAGGACGCCAUGAGCAGGCACUCGCCAUUUACGUACUAAUAUUAGGAGAUGUAGAUAGAGCAAUAAGAUACUGUGAAAAUGUUAGCGCGACUCCAAACGAUAAGAAUCAAGAUGUUUACGUCAUUCUAAUGCGUAUACUCAUGAAUCCUCAACAAGACAGUGCGCUCAAAGAGAAUCCGUUAGCCAAAGUUCCAAGACACCCGAAGACCUCCGUCCCAGAUCUGGAGACAGCUCUCGAUAUACUGGAGAAACAUGCCGACAAAAUUUCGCCUUUAAAAGCUCUAUCGGUGUUACCAGACUCGGUGCCACUGAGUCGUUUGAAGCACUUCCUAGAAAGCGCUCUAGAUGGGCAGCUUACGUUGAAGCGACGCAUGCAAGUCCUCAAAGGUUUACUAUAUGCUGAACAUAUGCAGGUACAAGAAGUUAAACAGUUCCACGAAUCUAAGAGCGUUGUUAUAAAUGACUACAACGUGUGUCCGGUGUGUAAGAAACGCUUCGGGAACCAGAGCGCCUUCGUCAGAUACCCCAACGGUGACAUAGUCCAUUUCAAUUGUAGACUUGACAAGUAG